AUGACACGUGGGGACAGCGAGGUUGGGAAGGCAAGAGAGUUCUCCCAGUACCAGGAGAGUGGUUUUCCAGCCGCUGUGAGGCAUGUUCAGGGGCAUCAAACUUCGCCGGGCCCGGGAGACCCUUCUGCAGGCCCUCCCCCUCCACCCCCACUGACCCAUGGAUCAGAAGGUCAGAGCCUGCCAUGAAAGGGGACUUCCAGGCAGGCGACAGCUCUGCACUGUCCCUGGUUGUCACAGGCUCCUCUGAGAGGGACCCACCCUCUCUGCCAGGUAACUGACAAAGGGACAUCGGCAGGCUCUAUUGUGCAGUUGCUGCAGGAACAGGGGACAGAUCAAAGCAGGAGAGGACCAACAUCUGCGGGAACCAGGGCAAGGAAGAAGUACAAACACACUGAAUGA